GGUUAUAAAAGCUCUCGAGGAAUACUUUGAUAUAUUUAGCUUUAUUUAAGCCAGACGUUCAGAAGAGGGAGUUGUUUCUCCGUCUCCCAGUUAAAAAUGUUCCAAGUUUUGCUGUUCUCCUGUCUCCUAGCAACGGCGUUCUGUGCUGAGGGGGAAGACACCGAAUCGGAAAUCUCCAAACGCCAGAGCUACUUCGAUCCUACCAACAACUACACCUACAGCUUCAUCGACAUCUACAAUGCCGGUCAAAGCUUGCUCAAUAUGGCCCGUAAUGGUAUUUUUGGUGUAGAUCUGGCGCACGCGGCGGCUGAUUUAAGCGCCCUCUUUAAAGGAUUCCAGCAGGCAAACUAUGGCAACGUCACGGGGUCGGAGGUCAAGUCAGCCAUUAAAGAAGUGAUGUACAACAUCGGAUACGGGGGAAUCUCUCUGUACUUUGAUGAUGAUAUGAAUAGAGAUGCUGGCCUGCUGCACUAUCUAUUGACUAUGCUGGAUCAAGAAUUAAGUUAUGCCUACAACUACAAUUACAACAACAACUGGUAUUAUUAUACUAUUCCAUUGAAGCCAAGGCUAGGGGCAAUGUGUCUCAUUCUCGACACCAUUCAGAGCACAGCUGUACACGUUGUUGGAGGCCUGUCCUACGUCUCCUAUGAUGAAGAUGGCAUCUUUUCACGCAAGAGAAGUGAGGAUGAGGAAGAGACUACUGCACCAGAAACCAGAGACCUGCCGACAGGUUUGAGUGGUCGAGGCAGGUGGACGUCAGGUAACCUAAAGAAGUUCAUGUGGCAGUAUAACAGGUACUCUGAUAACUAUAUGUGA